AUGACGCCCUUCCGCCUCUUCGAUCUCCCCCCGGAGCUAAUCCUCAUAAUCCUCGAGGACUGCCACCCCCGCGACAUAGCAACCUUCAUCCGAACCUCCCAUGCAUCAUGGAACAUCGGCCACCCAAUCCUCUACAAGCUCUCAGUCCCCAAGAAAAAGGAACUCUUCCUCUGGGCCGCAGGAAAAAACCGCCCCAACAUCGUCCAAUACAUCCUCGACGACAUCCUCCCACUCCUCAACAAAAGCUCCAAGUCCCCACUCCGAGACAAAGUCCUAAGCCCCGCCAUUCGAGGCCAGUGUAUACCGAUCCUAAACAUGCUUCUCGACAACGGCGCAGACGCAGGCAACGCACUCAUGGAAGCAACGAUCCUCAGCAAGCUCAACGUGGUAAGAGCCCUUUUAUCCCGCGGCGUCACGUUCCCCGCACACCAGUACGAGAACCACCGCGUUGACGUGGGCAGGGAAAAUAUCCUGCACUUUGCAGCUAUAAGCCCCGCAACGCGCGUCCUGGAGCUGGUGCUAACAUUUCCAGGUCUAGGGCUGGAUAUCAACAAAGCCGAUGCAAACGGCAAUACGGCGCUGCUGAAGGCCGCGACGAAUGGCUGUCCCGUCUCUGUUAGACUACUCCUCGCCCAUGGCGCCGACCCCAACGUCGUCAACGCGCAGCGCCGUACGCCGCUCACAGAGGCGGCUACUGACGGCGACGAAGACGUCAUCGAGAUGCUCCUCAACGCCGGCGCGAACAUCAACGGCACAGACACCGAGAACCCGCUCAUGAACACAGUGAUCUACGAGAAUGUGAACGCUGCGGCAUAUUUGCUUCAGCGCGGUGCUGAUCCGAACUGGGUUGGGACCUAUGGAGUAGGCGUGGGCCACACGCCGCUGCAUCGUGCUGCCUCUGAGGGGGACGAUCGUUUGCUAGGCUUGUUGGUUGCGCAUGGGGCUGAUGUGCACCUGAAGGAUUCUCGGGGUAGGAAGGCUAUUGAGGUUGCGGUUGAGGAGGGCCAUGUUCUUUGCCAGGUGAUACUUACCAUGGCCUGA